UUAAGGGCGUCCAUUCGUCGAUGGGCGAGCGCGUCCCGACGUGUACGCGGCAUUCCGGGCCAGUAUCCAACGGGUGUCGUUAGUCGGCAGAGAGCGACCCCCGUCGACCCGUUAGAGGAGGAGGGAUGCUGUGUAUACAUAUCAGAGGAGCCGUACCGUCAGCAUCGAGUUAUCGGGGCGAACAGCGGCAGGUCUUCAUCAUCGGGAAGUAGGAGCAAAGCUCGGAGCUUGCGGCGGCGGUGAGACUGGCUCGGUUGGCGGCUCUUCGGGUGAUGGAUUCAAGGCAGGGCAUGCCUCGGAUCGAUUGGCAAACAGCCGGACGCGAAGAUAACCUCCCUUAGCGUGGCCCUGCAACGAGAAGUCUGAAGUUGGCUGAUACCGUUUGACCGGGGAUCGAAUACCUCACGAAUCACCCCCCAAACAUCGGCCGGAGAGUGACACCUGCACCUGCAAAGUGGUUUCGAUGAAUUUUCCUCAACCAUUCGACCUCGCUCGUGGCAAAACCUCACGGCUCCCACUCAACCCCGAUAGCACUGUUCCACUUUGUUACACGCGAGGAUUAUCGUUCCAACGGUGCAGGUGGUGGUCACGACGGCGAACCGCCUUGUCGUAAUCAUGAAAAUCGUUCGGGGUGUUCGAGGGUUGUCCUGGUAUCCAUGCGGAUCAGUUUCGAAGGGUGAUCCAACGUGCUCCAAGGAUUAGCCCCAAAAGCGAUACCGAGGAAGGUUGCGAAUGACUCGUAAAUCAUCCAAUGACCUCUUACUUCUUCGGUGUUUCGAGUGACGUUCUUCGCCUCUUCUCCUCCCUUUCUCACCGUUCAACACUCUCGAGAUGCUCAAACCUUGCACUUGCUGACAAUAAGACCAAUCCUGGUUCUCUUACCGAUCUCUCGAGAUGAUCGUGUCCGAAUUGAGAUGAUUCUGUCGGAGUUGGAGGAGAACUAAGACAUGCCAAUUGAAUGUUUUCGCGAGUGACGUAACCGACCGCGUUUCGAUCAUCUUGCCUCGAGUAGCAAGUGACUGUAAUGGUUCGUGGUGUGAAGUUACACGGUUCGAUUAAAACGUGCAGUGCGGAUCCGAUGCAGGUCGCUUUGGUUAACCGUAGAAACAUUGCCGCAUAGGGAAACCCUCGUGCGAGUGUCCGAAUUGACAAACAGUCACGAAAGCACCCCUUGACCCAGUUAAAGCCGAGAGCCCCUUUUGAGGUGGUCCUGUAACAACCGAGAACACUGCGAUUCGCACCAGUCGAUGUAUAUGAUGAAUUCUCAUACGAGAUUGAUAGUCGCCAUUGGCAUGUUGUGCGCUAGUGUGUUCGACGACGCGUUAUCCUUCGUCCUCGAAGGUACAUCGACCAGCUACGCUCAGUUCCGAAAGUGGAACGCCGGUCUGAACGGCACCCUGGAGUUCGAGUUCAAGACGGAUCAGGGAAGCGGACUCCUUCUCUACACCGACGACGGUGGAACCUACGACUUCUUCGAGAUAAAGCUCGUCGAAAGCGCGCUCAGACUGAGAUACAACCUCGGUGGUGGUGCGCAGAUCGUGACCGUUGGUCGGGACCUGGGCGAUGGUCACUGGCACAAGGUCCAGGUGACCCGUGACAACGAGAAUACAACCCUUAACGUUGAUGGGACCAGUGCGACGUCCACGUCUCGCGGCAAGGAGUUCGAGUUUGGAAAGCUCAACGGCAACUCCGACGUCUAUGUCGGCGGAAUGCCCAGCUGGUACAACAGCAAACUCACCCUACUGGCGCUUCCCAGUGUCAUUUUUGAACCAAGGUUCAACGGGAUUAUACGGAACCUCGUUUACGCCGAUGGCGAGACGAUCAUGUCCAGGAGGCAGGAGAUGAAGAGUCGGGACGCCAAGUGUACAGGAUAUCCGUGCGUAGAGAGCAUCAGCAGUAAACGAAAACCUCCGAGGAGCUUGCGGAGCAUGAUCGUGACGAACGUAACGGACGCGUGCGAGGUUCACGAUCCGUGUCAACACGGUGGGAUUUGUAUUUCAACGGACAGCGGGCCGAUCUGCGAGUGUCGGACAGGAGACUACGAGGGUGUCUACUGCGAAAAAGAGGCAUGGAGCACUGUGCUACCGACAGCUGGCACUGACGAAUUCUGGGAGUGGGAUUACAACAAAGCACCUUCAGAAGCAACUUUCAAAGGCACGGAGUACCUAACGAUAGAUCUGAGCAAGGCUGAACCAGUUAUGAGUACUCAGGAGUCGAUCAGUAUUUACUUCAAGACAAGACAGCCCAACGGACUCUUAUUCUAUUCCGGCGAAGCAGGUGACUAUCUCACGAUAUCGCUAAAGGAUGGAGGCGCUGCGGUUGGCAUGACAUUAGCUAAUGGCAGGCUGGAUCUUCACAUCAAACCCGCGAGGGUCAGAUUCGACGAUAAUCAGUGGCACAGAAUCGUCGUACAUAGGCGAGUUCAAGAGAUUUCAACGAUUACCAGCUUCUGUCGUCUUUCCGCAGUGGUUGACGGAGUUUUUGCUGAUCACGGACACACCGCCGGAUCUUUUUCGCGUUUGGCCAGUGAUCGGCUCUUCGUUGGCGGAGGAGCGGAUGCCAGGUCUCUUCACGGUGCCAAAGGCAUCAACAACUUCGUCGGCUGUCUACGAAAGGUCGAAAUUGCAGCCGAAGGUGUAAGGAUGGAACUAAUCGAAGCUGCGAAAAGCGGUGCGGCCGGUGCAGCGGCAUGGGGUCGAAUAGAAUUUCACUGUCAGGAGCCAAAAGCUUCCGAUCCAGUCACCUUCACUACCAGAGACUCUCACCUCAAGGCCUCGCCGGUCAGCAGCAGGCGACUUCACGGAGCCUUGGUCACCUUCACCAGCCCAGAGUCCCACCUGGUUCUACCGCCGUGGAAAGCUGCCAAAUCCGGAAGCAUAUCGUUCAAAAUUCGAACUAACGAACCUAACGGUCUCGUUAUGUACAGUAAAAGCGGAGGACACACGAGGCCGGAUUUGUUCGCCUUUGAAAUACUCGGCGGUCAUUUGUACCUGCAUGCGGAUCUUGGCAGUGGUCCCAUCAAAGUAAGAGCGUCGCGACGCCGCGUCGAUGACAGUGCGUGGCAUGACGUCGCCCUACGUCGGGUGGAACGUGACGGUCGGUUGACUGUCGACGGAGUAACAACCGAGUUCCGAACGCCAGGGGAUUCGACGCAGCUCGAUCUCGACAGUUUGUUGUACAUCGGAGGCGUCGGGGCGCCUUUUGCACCUUUGACUAUACCGCCGGUUUUGUGGAGCGGUUCUCUGAGACAAGGCUACGUUGGCUGUCUGAGGGAUCUUGUGAUCAACGGUAAUCCGGUUGACAUAGCCGGAUACGCGCAGCAGCAAGAUUCGGGCGCUGUGAGACCUGCUUGCCACGUUCAAUCGCCACACUGCGCAUCGGAACCCUGCAUGCACGGUGGUCAUUGCUUGGAGGGAUGGAACAGAUUUCACUGUGAUUGUACGGGGACACCGUUCACCGGACCAACUUGCGGCAAGGACGCAUCGACGCUCCAUCUAAAUGGUACCCAGCAAAUGACCGCUCUGAUGCCUGAGGAUUCGAGAACUCAGGCGGAAGAAGUCGUGGUUCGUUUUAAAACGGCAAAAUCUCGAGGCUUGCUGAUAGCAACCAGUCUUGAGAACAGUUCUGAUCGUCUUCAGCUUUCCUUGGAGGAAGGCAAGGCCAAGAUGCUCAUUCACAUAGGGGAUCGCGAAAAGGUUGUCAUGGUCGGUCAAGGGCUGAACGACGAUACUUGGCACACUUUGAAAUUCUCGAGAAGAGCUACCUCGUUAAAGCUCCAGGUCAACGACGAGCCCGCAGUGCGUGCCGAGACCCUUCUUGGAAAGCAGAGCAUCCUUGAAUUUCGAACUCUACACGUUGGUGGAUACCUUCACGCCGAACACGACACUCCGCACUUUGUCGGGCAACUCCAACAAGUCUGGUUCAACGGUUAUCCUUAUCUCGAAAUUGCCCGGAGCGCCGGAUCUCAUCAAGGCUCUCAUCAAGGAGUGACUCCGAUUAUUAGGGUGACGGGGAAAUUUGGAAAGCGAAAUCAUCCGGUCCACCAUCCCGUCACCUUCACUUCGAAACACACGUUCGUUGGGCUUCCAGUCCUCAAGGCUUACGUGGAGACCAACGUCUACUUCCAGUUCAAGACACGCGAGGCGAACGGACUUCUUCUUUACAACGCGGGUCGCGAGCGUGACUUCGUCGCCAUCGAGCUGGUCAACGGUCACGUGCACUACGUUUUUGAUCUGGGAGACGGACCCGUUCGCAUAAAGGACACUUCUAGGUCUCGAUUGAACGACGGCAAAUGGCACGCGGUCAGCAUCGCUCGUCCAGCACCAAAGAGACACACUCUGGCCGUCGACGACCACGUUGCCGCGGUCAACAGCCCCGGUAGCAACGAGAACUUGGACUUGGAUGGGAUACUCUACAUAGGUGGCGUUGAAAAAUCACAGUACGGUCAGCUACCAAAGAACAUCCUUAGUCGCCACGGUUUCGAAGGAUGCCUCGCCUCUCUUGACCUCAGCGGCGAGAGUCCUGAUCUUCUGUCCGAUGCCGUGGUUCCCAGUUCUCUGGUCGAGUCAGGUUGCGACGCGCCGAAUUCACAUCCGGGGAAAAGAUGCACCCAUGACGUUUGCGCCAAUCAUGGUACCUGUGUUCAACAAUGGAACAGCUACACCUGCGAUUGCGAUAUGACCAGCUUUACGGGACCGACGUGCAGCGACGAAGCAACCGCCUACGAAUUUGGAGCGGGACGUGGACUCAUUACGUACACAUUCCCCGCUGAUCGAAGACCGGAAAUGAAGAGAGACAUGAUUGCUAUGGGCUUUGCGACCGGGAUUAGUGACGCCGUUCUCAUGCGGAUUGAAUCAGCUUCGAGCAACGAUUACCUGGAAAUUGAAAUUGUCGAAGGAAACGUGUUUGCAGUUUACAACAUGGGGACCAACGAUCAUCCGAUCGGCGAAGUUGGUGUAAAAGUUAACGACAACCAGUAUCAUGUUGUCAGAUUAUCGAGGAGCGGACCAAACAGCACCUUGCAAGUUGACGAUUAUAAUUUGCAGUCAAAUCAUCCGUCUGGUCAUCAACUGACCGUGUUCAACAGCCAAGCUACCAUUCAAAUCGGCGGCCGAUGGAACCGGAGCAAAAAUCGAGUUGAACGACCGUUUCUGGGGGUAGUUUCCGGAGUAGUCGUAAACGGUGCUCGAAUCCUGGAUCUAACCGCUGCCAGGGACCCGAGAACCUCGACCAGGGGUGACGUGCAAUUAUUACCAACCGGAAGUCUUUUGGACAGAGCUGCACCCUUGCAAAGGAUGCAACAGACUCCAGCAUCCGGAUUACCGGGUGUCGUUGACGAUCUGAUUUUCUCCGGAGCCGGAAGCGGAUGCGCUGGUGACGACGAGGACGAGGAAUGUUCACCGAUAUUAGAAUCUGGUUCUGGUAAGUACGAUCUGAUAACGCCGGUUUACGUAGCACCAACAAGGUCACCUGCGGUAACUCCGAGGCCGAAAGGCCCCAAUAAAGAGAGUCCCGAACGGCCGUCUUGCGACGAUGAAGAAGACUGCUACGACGGUUCGGGUGGAGAUCCUCUCACAACCGAAGAGAUAUUCGUCACUGCAGCAACGGAUCCGAGCGCCGGUUCGUACACGACGCUACGUGCCAGUCCCACCAGCCAGUCGACGACGCAGACGCUGCCGGGGUCGCCGUCGACGCCGUCUAGGGGUGGGACGGACCUCGUCUCGACGCAAUACGCUGGCACGACACAAUUCAACGCCACUUCACCCGGUGCUGACUCCAGCCAUGACAGCACCGUGACCCAUAGAGUAACCAGCUCGACCGGAACACCCUCGCAGACGACGUCGACAACGGGAAUGAUGGAACCGCCGCCGCCGCCGCCGCCCCCGAUUUACACGCCGAUUUCAACGCAACGUCCGGGUCCCGGGAAGGAAAUAAGGAUAACCUCGGAGGCGGCGGAGAACGCGGCACUGAUAAUCGGUAUAAUAGCCGGAGCGCUGAUCGCUAUAGUGCUGAUAAUACUGAUAAUACUGAAGUUCAAAAACCGGCCGGAAGCGAGCUACAAGAUCGACGAGAGCAAGAACUUUUGCCAGGAUCCGAACGCCGCGCUUUUGGGCUCGGCUGCGGGCGCGGGGCAGCCUUUUAACGGAGCUUUAAAAAACGGUGCGAGUGUUAGUAAAAAUGUUAGGAAACAGGAACUAAAGGACAUAAAGGAAUGGUACGUCUAAGGACUCCGCGUAAGAAGAUGGCUGAUUCGCUCGCGGCUUAAGAUACUCGGGCAACUUUACCCGGGUCCAAUUUCAACCCACAUGCAUCCAUGCAUCGGACAAUCUCGUGAGUGCUGCUCGAGAUUCUCACCGCGCAUACGUUCCUGAUAUGAAAUGCCUGCGCGGUGAUGCAUAUUUGGCACGUGGCUCUCGGUUACGUUGUUAUUAUCGUUACCGGGAUCAAACGAGAAACAAAGGACCCGAAAUAAAAUUAAUUGGGACAAAAGUAACACUGGUAAAAAAUAGGAACAAAAAUUUUUAAAAAAAUAACCCGAUCGAAAAUAACGUACACAAAAAUAACCCAAGACAAAAAUGACAUGCACAAAAAUAACCCAUGGCUAGAAAAGAAAGAAACAAAAAAAAAAAAAAAAACCCACACAAAAAUAACACACGUAAAUUUAAUUUUUCUAGAUUAAAUUUAAUGUAAUUUAAAGUUUUUUUUGACAUGGGUUAUUUUUUACACAGGCUAUUAAGGUCAGUUACCAUUGUUAUCUUACCUAAACGAAAUUUUCUACCACACUUAGGUUCAAUUUCAAGGACAUUCAUGCGACUUCGUAGGCGGCAACGAAAUAACAAUCAGACCUUAUACUUUUGCUUUGUUGUUGCUACGUGAAAAUAGGUGAGUAAAAAAAAUUAAACAUCACCCUCGAACACUUUUCCUUAUGCAUAUCGUCUGAGGCAAAAUUUUUUUGCGUCAAUUGUUUCUCGACACUGUUUUAAGAGUAUUUUCUACACUUUCACACUAGUUAACAGAUGAUACAGGGUGUUUCGUUAGAACUUAAUCCGCAAUCACGCAGCUUGAAGAGAGCUUGUACCUUGAUGAAUUAUUACAUUUACAACAGGUAUCGGGCAAUUACAGUUUAUCAAUUUUGCUGAAAAUCUUGGAAUUUUCAAUCAAAUGUUUUUUCAAUAUUUUCCUGACAGGUCUUUCGAUUCGAAAAACUAUCGCCGCGGAAAUUUUUACGCUCUGAUAUUAUGCCGCGGUUUGGCUGAUUAUCAAUCUAGUAACGUCACUAGUUUUCGAUAUCGCAGAAAAAAAAAAAUUCUAAUUAUGAAUUUACUUCUUACUAUUUUUUAUGUUCACUCGAUCGACUAUUGUAAUGAAAGUUGUAAAAUUUUAAAUGACAGUUUAUAGUAUACUCGGUUCUUUAAAAAAACAUUUCGUUAUAAAAAAAUAUACAAAUUGAAUGGUUUCUACUUAGACUCGUAUUAUUCAUAAAUCCAUACUACACGUGACGUUGAAAAAUUCUUUUUGCAUAUUCCGAAUACCAGAUCAGUAUUAAAUUUAUAAAUUUGACGAAAAAUUUUCAAAAUUUCGUUUUACCAAACUAUCGCAAUUUUAUUCUUUUUUUUUCAACGUCAUCGAUGUUUAUUUUUGUUUUUUUCUUUAUUCAAAGGAUACAAAAAAAUCGCUAAUCACCUUCGCUUCAUUUUUCUUCCGUACAAACACCGUGUUCGAAAAUAAUACCUACGUUUCUCUUUCCUUCGCACGAUUAUCUCACAUCCUACAAAAAUCCCAUCUACCUUACCUAAUUUUUACAUACGUACAUUUAUAACACGUGUAACAAACCCGCGAUCGAAAACGUGCAGCCAUCUUCUUAAACGAGAAAACGAAGCGAGCCAAGACUGAUUGUGUUAAAUAAAGAGAAAAAAAAAGAAAAAAAAAAAACUGAAAAUAUGCAAAAUUGCUCCCGCACUACCCAAAUGCUUAAAAAAAAAAAUAAAUCGAAAAAAACGGAAAAAAAAAAAAAAACAA